AAAAUUUACGUGAUUUUAUAGAGGCUUAAUAUGAAAAUAAAAAUAGUCAUCAUAUGUAAAUAGAAAGUAUAGAUAGCACAAAAGGCAAGAAAGAAAAAAUUAACACAACCCAACUCAAUAAGUGUAUUCGUCAACCAGUGUUUAUUAUUUGUUAACGGUACUGAUAUUUGAAUGCUAUUACAUCGUCAAAAGGGCAGGCACAUUAGCGAUUUUCUGCAAUUAUAAUAACAUGUUGAAAAUAUGAAAUUAAAGUAUAAUCUUCAAUCCCUGACUUAAACUUUCGUAUUUCGAUUUUUUUUUGGUAUUUCUUUAUAGUAUUGCCAUUUAAGAAAAAUAAAUGUCAUGUCUACAUGUCAUUCUCCAUGUCAUGUCACUUGUUGUCAUUUCAUGAUGGCGGUGCUUCGGAGCUACGCUAGUUUUUCUCAAUUUAUACGAAACAGUUUCUCGUUGUUGUGAUCAAACAUUGAUUAUUUUUUUAUGCGCAUUUAUUUUAUAAUUUUCUUUGAAGUGUGGUAUCAAAACUAUAAAAUGUUUAUUGUUUCUUUUUUACUGUAUCUCAGUGAUAUCAAUAUUGUGGUUUUGUGAUACGAAAAUAUUUUGCUUAUUAGAAUCGUAAUAAUGAAUGAAUUUAUGUUUCUAAUCCAAUAUUAAGAUAUUUACUUUGCUAAGUGUAUUCUAAAUACAAUAACUUAAGCACAUACUCUUUAAUUUUUUAUUUAAUAAUUAAAGCGCCAAAAUGAAUGAUGUUCGUGAUAAAGGAAUUGCCGGAUCUUCAACUUGGGAAACUUCGACUUCGCAUAGUGACUCAUCCCCUGAAAUACAGUCAUCUCCAGGAGGAAGUGCGGAAACGCCAGUAACACCUGGAGCUCCUGUUCCACUUGCACCUCAUUUAGCUGCCGACUUACACCCUGACCUUCUCCAACAAGGUUGGCGGAAGUACUGGUCUAAACGAGAGAAUAGACCAUAUUUCUGGAAUAAACUCUCCGGUGAAUCUAUGUGGGAAUUACCUGCAGUGAAAAGAGACUUUGAUCCUAUAACUGAUCCACUUGGAAUAUGUCAUACUGGCCCUCCUGCCGGUAGUAUGACUCCUGGUGUCAGUAAAAGAAGACCUUCGGAAGAUAAUGGCCCUCCACCAAAAAAGUUUGUUUUAGCGGGACCUUGGGAUAUAGAAGUUCCAACUAAUGUCGUUAUAUAUGAACGCCCUCCCACUAUCUGUCCACACCCACAUCCAGAAAUUGAAGGGUUUAGAUUUACUUUAGCUAAUAAAUUGAGACAGUGCUAUCAGGAACUUUGUCAUACAAGAGAAGGUAUUGAUGCUCCUAAAGAUUCCUUUAAUAGAUGGUUAAUGGAGAGAAAAGUAAAUGAUCAAGGGGGAUCAGAUCCCCUAUUGCCUAGUCACUGUUUCCCUGAAAUAUCUCGAUCUAUGUAUGAAGAAAUCAUGAAUGAUAUUCCAAUAAAACUAACUCAUCCAAAGUUUACUGGUGAUGCUAGAAAACAGUUAUCACGAUAUGCAGAAGCAGCGAAAAAAAUGAUUGAAUCAAGAAACGCUUCACCAGAGAGUCGAAAAGUUGUCAAAUGGAAUGCUGAAGACACUUUCCAGUGGCUAAGACGGACAGUUGGAGCGACAUAUGAUGAUUUUCAAGAUAGAUUAGCUCAUCUAAGAAGACAGUGUCAACCUCAUUUAGCAGAAACUGUAAAAGCUUCUGUGGAAGGGAUUUGUUUGAAAAUAUAUCACUUAUCAGCUGAAUAUGCGAGAAAAAUCAGAGAAAAACACAGUGCUCUCUUGAAAGAAAAUGGAAUACAGGAACUGCCGGCUCCUCUACAACAAGCAGCACUGCGCAAGGUGUGGUGUUAUCCCGUCCAGUUCGCCGUCCCUGCACCGCGGCCGCCACUCAUCGAACACUUCCUUGAUCGCGAUCAGGCGCUACUACGGUACCUGGGUGAAAGCCAGGUGCUCAACGCAACUUAUCUCCAGAAAUUGGAAUGCUUGUACCGCUACAGUUGCUUUGAUGACAAGAAGUUUGAGCAGUUUCUGUCUCGUGUAUGGUGCCUGUUACGGCGGUACGCAGCGUGGGUGGGCGCGGGGGGCGAGGCGCACCUUACACAGAUGUCGUUACCUAUACCAGUGCUGGAAUGUCUGCACCGAUCCUUUGGAGUCACAUUCGAGUGUUUUGCGAGCCCUCUCGAUUGUUAUUUUCGACAAUACUGUUCGGCGUUCGCUGAUACCGAUUCUUAUUUUGGUUCGCGCGGGCCAUUUCUGGAGUUGCGGCCGGUGGCUGGGUCGCUGGUGGCCCACCCGCCGUACUGCGAGGAGCUGCUGGAGGCGGCGCUGCGGCACAUGGAGCGGCUGCUGCAGGACUCGGCGGAGCCGCUCAGCUUCGUGGUGGUGCUGCCCGAGUGGCCCGACAGGACCACGCACGCGCUGCACAAGCUGCAGGCCAGCCACUUCAAACGGAAACAGGUGGUUAUACCAGCGUUUGAACAUGAAUAUCGACAUGGCUUCCAGCAUGUACUUCCAAAGUAAGUUUAAUUGUUACGUAUGGUUUGUAUUUUAAAUGUAAAAUAAAUUACUAAGCGAA